UCGAUUAUAAACAAUAAAAAAAACAGACAUAAACAGAAUUAAAAAAAAUAUUAAUCAAAAGCAGAAAAGACAGGGGACAACACAACAAAACGGAAACAUUUAGUUUAGUUUACAUUUUAAACAUUUAGCCUAAUAAAAUCUUAACUCGGGAGCAAAGACUCACAUAUUCUCUAUGUAGUUUGUUGCUUUAUUUUGAAAUCGUGACGUUGUUUUCCGGUAUUGCGUGCCUGACUUGACGCACUGAGUCCGCUCGCUCAAUGCAGACGGUGUGACGUCAGCCAGAUUCGGUCAGCUGGCUCCUCCAUCUGAACAGCAGGGAGAGCCUCUCCCAAAGGGAGACAUCACCAUCACCGCCCGAGCCCGGAGCAGCGUCGGCAGCCCGCUGGAAGGGGAGCAAAACAUGGAGGAGACGAUAGCAUAGAGGCGGAGCAGCAGCGAGAGAUUAUUUAUUUACAUAUUUAAUAUUUAUUUAUUUAUUUCCCCUGCCUGUAAUGGCUGGGGUCCAUGUUUGCGGCUGCUGAGAGGCAGGUGCAAUAUCAUCGACGGAGGCAUUUCGUUUCUCGGCAUGGACUCACCCAGGGCCGAUCCACAGGCCGGCCCAGCCCACAUCCAGCGCUCCCCGGAUCAGAUGCUCUCUGCGGGAGGAGAGCAGUAGCUGGGCCGCGACUGGAGGCGAUACAACGGGCUGUUGCUGGAGGAGGCGGGGGGGGGGGCCUUUUUACAUCCGAAUAUCAGAGCCAGCAUUUCCAGAACCGAGCUCAAGGUUAUGCGCAACUGCACACAACGACAGCCCGUCCUCGUUCAGUGAAUCUGUGCUGCUGAAAAAUGGAUUCAAUGUUUUCUUUAUCUUAGUAAAAACUGUGAUAGUUUCCUUUUUUUCGGCUCUGAGUGGAUCCAAACCGUGACAAACUCGCCUUACAGGCCGUAAAAAACAGUCAUCAGCCUCCUCAUCUGGAGACAGAACCAGCUGCCAAGAUGAUGGAGCUGCAGAUAGACGAGGUGGUCUACCAGGACGACUACGGCUCCGGAUCCGUGAUGUCGGAGCGGGUUUCCGGCCUGGCAAACAGCAUCUACCGGGAGUUCGAGCGGCUGAUCCGCAGCUAUGACGAGGAGGUGGUGAAGGAGCUGAUGCCGCUGGUGGUGAACGUCCUGGAGAACCUGGACGCGGUGCUGACGGAGAACCAGGAGCACGAAGUGGAGCUGGAGCUGCUGAAGGAGGACAACGAGCAGCUCAUCACCCAGUACGAGAGGGAGAAAGCGCUGAGGAAGCAGGCCGAGGAGAAAUUCAUUGAAUUUGAGGAUGCGUUGGAGGCCGAGAAGAAGGACCUGCAGGUGCAGGUGGAGUUUCUGGAGCUGCAGGGGAAACAGCUGGAGCUCAAGACAAAGAACUACUCUGAUCAGAUCACUCGGUUGGAGGAGCGAGAAUCAGACAUGAAGAAGGAGUACAACGCUCUGCACCAGCGGCACACUGAGAUGAUUCAGACGUACGUCGAGCACAUAGAGCGAACCAAAAUGCAGCAGGCGGGGAGCAACAGCCAAUCAGACGGCCCCGGCUGUGGACGAACUCGACACCACACAUGGAGGAAAAGCAAAGCGGAGCGCCCGCCGUCAUUGAGCCUGUACCCGAGCGGCGAGGGCAUGGUACGUGGGGGUCUCGGGGGGGCUAGGAUGAUGCCCGGGAAAGACAUCUGGCAGGUCAGCGAGCUCGGUCGGUCUUCCUCACGCUCUGCCUAUCAGGAGGAUGGAUCAGAGUCUGACUCAGUGGCGGCCACACCAAGCAGCACAGGAAGCAAGUCCAACACGCCAACCUCCUCGGUCCCCUCCGCCAGCGUCACCCCCAUCAACGAGGGAUUCCCCCCGAACUCGGAGUUCGAUGCGAUGAGGGCCGGAAAUCGCAGGAAAAGUGCCAAGAGGCUCAGCCGGAACAUGGAGGUACAGGUUUCCCAGGAGACCAGGAACGUCAGCAUCGGUAUGGGAAGCAGCGAUGAGUGGUCUGAGUUUCAGGAGAUCAUCGACUCGACCCCUGAGCUGGACAUGUGUGUGGACCCCCGAGUGUACGGAGGAGGAAACAGCCCCUCUCAGGGCAUCGUGAACGAGGCCUUCGGCAUCAACACCGACUCUCUGUACCACGAGAUCAAAGACGCCAAGUCGGACAUCAUCGGAGACGUGGAUGCAGGCGCCGAGCUGUUGGGCGAGUUCUCAGUCCGUGAUGAUUUCUUCGGGAUGGGAAAGGAGGUGGAGAACCUGCUGACGGAGAACAAACAGCUCCUCGAGACCAAAAACGCUCUCAACAUCGUGAAAAACGACCUUAUAGCCAAAGUGGACGAGCUGUCGGGGGAGCAGGAGGUGCUGCGGGAGGAACUGGAGGCUGUGAGGCAGUCCAAGAACAAAGUGGACGCUCGAGUGAAGGAGCUGGAAGAAGAACUCAAGAGGUUACGAGCGGAAGCUCUCGGCGCGUCUCGAGACUCAAAGGAUGAAGGAGGAGAUGAUUUUUCAUCACCCAUGCAGGACGGCGACAUGACGAUGACACAGCGGCGGCGGUUCACCCGGGUGGAGAUGGCCCGCGUGCUGAUGGAGAGGAAUCAGUACAAAGAGAGGCUGAUGGAGCUGCAGGAGGCCGUGCGGUGGACGGAGAUGAUCAGGGCGUCCAGAGAAAGUCCUCAAAUCACAGAGAAAAAGAAGUCCACCAUCUGGCAGUUCUUUGCACGUCUCUUCAGCACGUCGUCCAGCCCGCCGCCCGUCAAGCGGCCGUACUGCAGCGUCAACAUCCACUACAAGUCUCCGUCUCCGGCUGGUUUCUCUCAGCGCCGCAGCCACACCAUGUGUCAGAUCUCCACCUCUAACCGCACGCUGGAGUUCUUCCCUGAAGAACUGGCGAGUAACGGUGUUGCGUCUCUCCUCAGCGACUCAGCACUGUUGGCUCGCAGAGAGCAGCGGCGUGAGCAGUACCGGCAGGUCCGCGAGCACAUGCGCCGCGAUGACGGCAUCAUGCAGGCCUGCGGGUGGAGUGUGCCAUCACGCUUUAAACAGCCUGGAGGUCAGACAGACAGCGCUCAGGACAGCCCGCUGAAGAGACAACAGGCAACGACCGAGAAAGAGGACAACCGCAUGAAGAACGUUCCCGUCCCCGUUUACUGUCGUCCUCUGGUGGAGAAGGACCCCAACAGGAAGUUGUGGUGUGCAGCAGGAGUGGACCUCACAGGAUGGAGGGCGGCCAAUCAGGCGUCUCUGCAGACCAACGCACCUUCAGGCAGCAGCGACCCUCUGCAGGCCGAGGAGAACGGAGACAAGAAGAGCCACAGCUCCCCGGAGAAGAGGAAGUCCAAGGAGCUCCAGGAGACGGACACCAUGAGCAGUCGAGUGUGGAUCCUCACCAGCACACACUCUGCCAGCAAGGUGGUCAUCAUCGACGCAAACCAGCCGGGCUCGCUGGUCGACCAGUUCAACGUCUGCAACGCCCACGUGCUCUGCAUCUCCAGCGUGCCAGCUGCCAGUGAGAGCGACUAUCCAGCAGGUGAGAUCGUGUUGGAUUCCGGUGACGGAGGAGCAGGUGGAGGUGACGACAGCGGCAGCGUGGAGGGCAUGUUGGCUGGUAUCACUCUGGUCGGCUGUGCAACAAACUGCAGCGUCGCACGAAGCAACUGCUCGUCACGCACCGACACGCCCAUCAUGGACAAAGGACAAGCCCCCACUGCUCCACCCAUGAAUGGGAAGAUUCAUCCGGCGCAGUCGGCCGAGGAGGCCACAGAGGCCACCGAGGUUCCCGAGUCGACGGCGGGCCACGCGGAGCACGGACCUCCGGGACCGUUUACUGAGCACGUCUUCACAGAUCCCCCGCCUCGUUCAGCAGACGCCUCCGACAGGAGCACUGGUCAGUCCAAAGAGGAAAGCUGUCAGCCUCCAGAGUCCGAGGACGGAGGGGACGAGACCAAGAACUUCACCAGCGUGGCGCCCACCAUGUGGCUCGGGGCCCAGAACGGAUGGCUCUACGUCCACUCCGCCGUUGGAAACUGGAAGAAGUGCCUCCACUCCAUCAAGCUCAAAGACUCUGUGCUCAGCCUGGUGCAUGUGAAAGGUCGAGUGCUGGUCGCCCUCGCUGACGGGACCCUCGCCAUCUUCCACAGAUCAGAGGACGGUCAGUGGGAUUUAUCAAACUAUCACCUCAUGGACCUCGGUCGGCCUCAUCACUCCAUCCGCUGCAUGGCUGUGGUCCACGAUAAGGUGUGGUGCGGCUACAAGAACAAAAUCCACGUCAUCCAGCCGAAGAGCAUGCAGAUCGAGAAGUCCUUCGACGCCCACCCUCGCAGGGAGAGUCAGGUGCGGCAGCUGGCGUGGAUCGGCGACGGUGUGUGGGUGUCGAUCCGGUUAGACUCCACGCUGCGUCUGUACCACGCACACACGCACCAGCACCUGCAGGACGUGGACAUCGAGCCCUACGUCAGCAAGAUGUUAGGAACCGGCAAGCUGGGCUUCUCCUUUGUGAGAAUCACAGCUCUCCUCAUUGGUGGAAAUCGUCUCUGGGUAGGAACUGGAAACGGUGUGAUCAUCUCCAUCCCGCUGACAGAGACGGUGGUCCUUCACCGGGGACAGCUCCUUGGUGUGAGGGCCAAUAAGGUGUCUCCCACGUCGUCGGGCGGAGUGAUCCACGUGUACGGAGACGACGGCUCCGAGAAGAGCAGCGGCAGCUUCAUCCCGUACUGCUCCAUGGCGCAGGCCCAGCUCUGUUUCCAUGGACACCGUGAUGCCGUCAAGUUCUUCGUCUCCGUGCCCGGAAAUGUUCUGGCCACGCUGAACGGCAGCGUGCUGGACAGUCCAUCAGAGGGUCAGGGCUCAACAGCGCCCUCCCAAGAGACGGAGGCCCAGAGUGUCCAUAACGUGCUGGUGCUGAGUGGAGGAGAGGGCUACAUCGACUUCCGUAUAGGAGACGGCGAGGACGAUGAGACAGAGGACGCAGAGAGCGCUGCUGCUGCUGCUGCCGCCGCCGCAGCUGCUGCCGCCGUCGCCGCCGCUGCUGGAGCUUCGCAGAUGAAACCGGCACUGUGCAAAGCUGAGCGGAGCCACAUCAUCGUCUGGCAGGUGUCCUACAUACCUGAGUGACACCUGGGUCUGCUUUAACGACCCCUCACCCUUAAUUUAAAAAAACCUCCUCCUCCUCUUGAAAGCUUCCAGCAGCUCAAACCUUGUAAUUAUCCCCCCGGUCAUGUAAAAGUUCCCCCUUGGCGACCCUCCCAGCCGUGUGUAACGAUUCUACCCCCUCCUGUCCCGUCACCUUGUAACUUUAACGCCUUGUAAGUACCUCCUCUGAUCUAUAAUCUGCCUGCCAUGAUGUUUGUCCCUCACAGGGCAUUGUAACUAUCUCCAUGAGCCUUGUAACCCGGCCUCAUAACUACCUCCCUUCUCUGUAUCGAUCUUAUAUUCACCCUGUAAGCACACCCUAUCUCCUCCUAUAUUUACCUCGAUUGUCCUGCAUCCGCCCCAGAGUUCCUCCUCCUCCUCCUCCUCCUCCUCCUCCUCCACUUAGUUUGUCAUCUGUGAAACCUCAUCUUAAAGCAAAGGCCCGACAUGCAACCAUUUUACCAAAAAAACAGAAGCAGCUACAGGAAGGUGAACGACGGCACCGACUCACUUUCUCCACCAGAUGUGUCUGAUUUCUCUGACGGCAGCCAAUCAGGAAUCCAGAAACAUUCACACCCAAAAUAUGGACCCCGUUUUGAAUCGCGCUCAUGGCUGCAGACGUGUCCAAAGUGAAGUCAUCUUGUAGUGGAUGGUGACGAGGCUAAAUGAAUGUUUAUGGGACAGAAAGAAAGUCCGAUUUAUGAUAUUUUGCAGCCAGUCCUGCUUAAAGUUUGCUAAUUUUCUAAAGUGAUUAAAAUAAUAACUUAAGGGGCAUUAACAAGACCCUACAUGUACGUGGAGCAGCUGUUCGAUAUAAACAGGGUCGUUGUUUAAAUCAGUCUCAGGAGUCGAGCGUGUUGUGUUCAGGGUCUCUUAUCUCUCCUGUGAUUGGCUGUGGAUCAGACGGUGCGGUGUGAAGCAGGUGAUCAGUGAACACGUCGUCUCUAUGUGUACAGGGACUCUCAGCCCAUCCUCUCUGUUCAGUACGGAUUCAUGCAUCGACCUCUUCUCUGUGUGGAUUAAAUAUUAAACAUAUUUGUGUGCUGAAAACA